GCUAAAACAGAAGACGUCUGAGGCUCAAAUGAACCUGCACCUUCUUCUCUGCAGGAUCAUAAAUACUAUUAAAUAUUUUCUAAGACAGAGGAGUUAGGUUAGUGGGGAAAUCAGACCAACCCCGUGAGGAACAUGGAUUUAUUGAUGUAACCCACAAAGACGAACAGCUCUGGUUUCAGUCAGAGGAAACCUUCCAUCUCCAGCAACAACAACCGAUCCUCUUUUAAUCUGCUGCGACUCCACAACUGAGCACAAGGAACCAAAACGACUCAACUGAAAACCACAAGGGUCAGAACCCUUCAUGUGCACAACAUGGAGUUUCCGCGACUCAGGUUGGAGGAGGAGGAUGAGGAUGAUGAAGAAGAUGCUGCGACUCAGUACAUGAUAGAACAGAGUCUGAUGGAGAGCAACAAACAGAAGGAACCCGACAGAGAUCUAACAACACGAGGCGACAGGAGCUCUGGAUGUGACUCUGCAGGAAGCAGCUCGGUCUUCUCUGCUAUAAGACGAGGUGACGAGAAGCUGUUGAAGGAUCUGAGUGAUACACAGAAGGAUCAGUUUUUCCAGACAGACGGCAGAGGCUGGAUUCCUCUUCAUGAAGCAGCAGCUCAGAGCAACCAAACCAUCCUGGAGCUCACGUUCAAAGCUUCAGGUCCAGAGUCUUUGGAGAGUCGGACUCUUCGUGGUCAGACUCCUCUCUUCCUGGCCGUAGAACAAGGUCUGAUAGAAAACGUCUCCUUCCUCCUCAAACAUGGAUCCCAGCCGGACAGUCAGGACCUGGAGGAGGACUCACCGCUGUUUGUUGCCAUUCGCUCAGACCGUCCAGACCUGGUGAAGCUGCUGCUGCUGCAGCAGGGCUCCGUGGUGAACCAGGAGGGCUGCCACGGACGCCGACCCCUCCACGAGGCCUCACGUCUGGGCAAAGCAGCGCUCGUGACCCUGCUGCUGGACGCCGGAGCCCAGCCAGACCCUCAUAGCCACUACAGCCUCACGCCACUGGCACUGGCGGCCCAGAAUGGACACCUGGAGGUGGUGCAGAUGCUGCUGAAGAAAGGUGCAGACGUCCUGUCCCAGGCGCAGGAUGAAGCGUCCGUCCUCUACGAGGCGUCUUCAGCUGGAGAUCCAGCUGUCAUCAGUCUGCUGCUGGAAUACGGCGCCGACGCCAACGUCGCCAAACUCACGGGACACAUGCCGAUCCACCGUGUGGCACACAGAGGACACCUGCAAGCUUUAAAGAUUCUUAUUCCGGUGACGUCACUGUCAAAGGUGAACGACAGCGGAAUGAGUCCUCUACACGCGGCGGCUGCAGGAGGACACUCACACUGCAUCAAGGCCUUGCUGGAUGCAGGUUAUGACCCCAACGACAUGCUGCAUCCCAGUGUUCGCCGUAGCUAUGACGACGAGGGGAAGUCAGCUCUCUUCUUUGCCGUCUGCAACAACGACGUGGCGUCGGCCAGACUGUUGCUGGAGGCCGGAGCCAUGACCAACCAGGACCCAGUCAAAUGUCUGCAGGUCGCUCUGCGUUUGGGCAACUACACGUUGAUCAACCUGUUGCUGAGGUUCGGAGCCAACGUCAACUAUUACUGCAGGAUAAACACGACCCACUUCCCCUCGGCUCUGCAGUACGCUCUGAAGGACGAGGUGCUUCUCAGGAUGCUGUGUAACUACGGUUAUGACGUGGAGCGCUGCUUCGACUGUCCCUAUGGCAACGGCUCCCACAUCCCGGAAGAUUACGAGGGGUGGAGCAACACGGUGAUCAAAGACACCAUGUUCUGUGAGGUGAUUACCGUCUACUGGCUGAGGGACCUCUCCGGUCAGAUUGUUGCCGUGCUGCUGGACUACGUGGAUCAUGUGACCCUGUGCUCCAAGCUGAAGGCGGCUGUGAUGGAGCAGCCGCAGUGGCCCGACAUCUGCAAACUGCAAGAAAACGCUCGCAGUCUGCAGCAUCUCUGUCGGCUGCGGAUCCGUCGUUGCCUCGGUCGCCUUCGCCUGCGAUCUCCUGUCUUCAUGAGCUUCCUGCCGUUGCCAGAGCGACUAAAGGACUACAUCCUGUACCGGGAGCACGACCUGCGCGGUUGCCAGGGCAACACACCAGGGUGAUGCAGGAGAGAGGAAGUUGUUAAGAGCUUCACCAAAACCCAACAGCUCCUUCAAAUUAAAUCACGCCGCGCAAAAUUACACAACGCAUGAAUAUCAGAUUCUUUUAAAGUAUGAGAUCCAUGAAUUAUUCUGAAAAUGUAAAAAAAGAAAAAUCGACCCGUCACAUUGUGUUUGUGUCAAAGACGGAUAUUUCAUCUUCAGAUCUGUGUUUAUAUGAAUUACCAACAUUAUAUAUUAUGUAUAUAUAAAAAUUUGACAAAAAUGAGCUUUGUGUCAUUGGACAAUGGUGUCGUCACUGUGAGCAGAUGCUCUGCUGUGAGAGCAGAUAUUUCAUGUAGGUUACAU